AUUUCUGGUUUCUUUCUGAUAGCACUUCCUCCAUCUACAAACAAACAGGAUCUAAUAAAACUUAUUACUUCCAGCACUGAUUACAGCGGCCAAGCAGCUACAUUAUAGGACAGUAGACAGCAGCAGUAAAGUUCAUGGAAAACAUUCUGCAAUGGGAUGAUAUGCUGACAUCACGCAAUUAGGCCUGGGUUUGGAACCUCAAUAGGGCCUGGUUGUUGGGUGUGUCUGCAGCAUGGCAAUAUUCAAAACAAAUCCCUCUAUAGUCAUUGGACAGAAAACAUGCUCACCACACUAUAAAAACCACUGUCAGCUGUUACAGUUUUACUGAGGGUUAGAAUGCUAGAUUAAAAGGGUCAAGGUAAAUUGACCAUGUACAAUUUAUGUAUCUAUUACUCAAUUCAUAUUGUACUGUGCACAGACAUAAUGCUUAGAAGUUGUAGUAGACUGGAAUUGUGUAAUAAGUUUCUUAAUAUUUUAAUGCUUUUGGAGAAAUAGCUCCUUUGACAGCAGUUCUGGUUGUGUAUUUAUUUGAUUGCUACCUUUAAAAAAUUUAUUUCGGAUUUUAAUAAUGCUUUCUAAUGGCUUAUUAGGGCGUUCCUGCAAAAGAGCAUCCAUGCUCAGCGAACCUACCCUGGGUAAACAAAGGUUAAACAAAAAAUAGAAUUAGUACACUACCACUUAGGAAGAUUGAACAAGUGUGAAUAGAAUUUUUGGAUCAUGUAUGACAUAAAAAUAGACUGAAAGUACUCUGAAAGUAUAUGUUACCCUUAAUGUUAUCCUUCGUAAUACUUUACUCCAGCAUCCUGCAGGUGUGUGACCCAUGGAUCAGAACAGCAGCAGUGAGGAGCUGCAAGUAAUUAGUAACGACCCCGUGGUGGUGAGGACGAGGAUGGCCAUAGUGCAAGUGCUGGUGUGGUUCUUUAUUUACAUCGACAUCUUCAUGCUCUUCACCUUCUUCAGUAAGCAGGCUUUCCGGGGCAACGCACGCUACAUCCUGUUUGCUCACACCCUGCUGAUGGACUCAAUCUACCUGCUGCUCACAGUACUGAUUGUGCUGCUUAACUAUAGCUAUCUGCUCUUUCCUGUAAGUGCCUGCAUUCUGCUCUGCAUUGUCAUGGAGAUCGUUAGCAACUGCACACCACUGACCAUCACUGCUAUGAGCUUAGAGCGAUAUGUGGCCAUCUGCAUGCCUCUGAGGCACGCUGACAUCACCACCACUGGCAGGACGCUGGCUGCCCUCGUCAUCAUCUCAGCCUACAGCUCCCUCGCCCCUUUUCUGCACCUCUUUAUCCUGAUAGUCACGGCCCCUCCAGGCUACUUUGCAAAGCCGACCUUGUGCCACUAUGAGAUCAUGAUUCUGACCGAGUGGCAUCGCUUCAUACGGAUUGUCUGGUAUCAAGUUGACAUAGUUUUGAUUGUGCUCAUCAUUCUGUUUUGUUAUGUUAAAAUCAUGCUGGCAGCUCGGACUGCCUCUGGAGAGAAUAAGCAGUCUGCGUCAAAGGGGCGACGCACACUCCUGCUCCACGGCCUACAGCUCAUUCUGUGUAUAGCUGACAGUUUGAGCCCCUACACUGAGAAAAUGGCACUGGAGCACAAUUUAGAGCUCUAUUUGACUAUCCGAUAUUUCAAUUUUGUGGCCUUGGGUAUCGUCUCCAGGGCUUCGAGUUCAAUAAUAUAUGGUCUCAGAGAUAAAAAGUUUUUCCUUGCUCUAAUGUGUUAUAUUACCUGCAAAUAUAAUCACAAUCCAGCAGUAUCCAUGGAUCAGAACAGCAGCAGUGAAGAGCUGCAAGUAAUUAGUAACGACCCCGUGGUGGUGAGGACGAGGAUGGCCAUAGUGCAAGUGCUGGUUUGGUUCUUUAUUUACAUCGACAUCUUCAUGCUCUUCACCUUCUUCAGUAAGCAGGCUUUCCGGGGCAACGCACGCUACAUCCUGUUUGCUCACACCCUGCUGAUGGACUCAAUCUACCUGCUGCUCACAGUACUGAUUGUGCUGCUUAACUAUAGCUAUCUGCUCUGUCCUGUAAGUGCCUGCAUUCUGCUCUGCAUUGUCAUGGAGAUCGUUACCAGCUGCACACCACUGACCAUCGCUGCUAUGUGCUUAGAGCGCUAUGUGGCCAUCUGCAUGCCGCUAAGGCACGCUGACAUCGCCACUCCUAGAAGGACGCUGGCUGCCCUCGUCAUCAUCUCAGCCUACAGCUCCCUCAUCCCUUUUCUGUACCUCUUUAUCCUGAUCGUCACGGCCCCUCCAGGCUACUUUGCAAAGCCGACCUUGUGCCACUAUGAGAUCAUGAUUCUGACCGAGUGGCAUCGCUUCAUACGGAUUGUCUGGUAUCAAGUGGACUUAGCUGUGAUUGUGAUCAUCAUUCUGUUUUGUUAUGUUAAAAUCAUGCUGGCGGCUGUGGCUGCCUCUGGAGAGAAUAAGCAGUCUGCGUCAAAGGGGAGACGCACACUCCUGCUCCACGGCCUACAGCUCAUUCUGUGCAUAGUUGAAAGGUUGGGCCCCUACACUGAGAAAAUGGCACUGGAGCACAAUUUAGAGCUCUAUUUGACUAUACGAUAUUUCAAUUUUGUGGCCUUGGGUAUCGUCUCCAGGGCUUUGAGUUCAAUAAUAUAUGGUCUCAGAGAUAAAAAGUUUUUCCUUGCUCUAAUGUAUUACACCACCUGCAGGUUUAAACACAAUAUGGCAGCUUAAAGUCUCUUCAGAGAUGACUCAGUAUAUGUGAACACCAUGAUAACACUAAUUCGUUAUCGCAAGGCCUUUUUGGCAUGUGUAACUGUGAAUACGUCUGUCUCAAAUAUGCGCUUGAAAUAACUGAAGUCUUUAGAUGACAUUGAAAUUUCAAACACUGCUGAAGAUCCCUGAGUUAUCCCCAUGAAACAUGUUAAGUGUUGGUGAAUAUAAAUGUGUACUUUAAAACUGUAAGUCAUUUUCUGAAAUUUUACUGACGUAUAAAAGCUUUAAUUAUUUAAAAUAGUUUCUGACCCAGAUCCAAUUAGUGUAAUAGUUUAGUGCAAUAUGUAACUAAAAUUAUUAUGAAAAUUAGUGUUAUUUAUAUUCAGCGGUGAAGAGAAUCUGACAUGAAAAUUCAUGCUGUAGUUUUCAUUUGUACCAUAAAGUGUCAAGUGAAAUGUACAACUGUAUAGUACAGUGAACUGUCAAAUGUAUAGCUUACAUUAGACUUUUUAAAUAAACCUUUUGUGAACUACUAAAAUUUUGAAGGACAGCUUUUUGUUUUGCCAAGGGAUUUAAAUAAAAAAAUUUUAAAACAUGAUUUUGCAGGCAGGCU